UUUCUAGGCAUUUAAAAUUAAAUAAAAUCAACAUGGUUUUUAUAAUCGAUUACCGCACCUGAUAAUAUUAUUUUUUCAUAAUUAUUAAAAAAUAUAAUGUCUAACUAUGAUUCUAGUACAUUUGGAGAAAAUUCCGAUCUUAAUCCAUUCGCAGAUCCAAAACCGGCUGAUACUAAUUCAACAAAAAAACCUACCUUCAAUGAUUUUGAUACUUUUAUUAAUCCAUUUGAUUCAAAAUCUCAGCUAACACAACCUAGUUUAACUCUCCCAUCUCAGCCCAGUACGCACUCUUCUACAAGCAUUACCAUGCCUGGCCUACCCGGCAACCCUAAUAGCACCAAUAGCGGUAACCUAACCGGCGUGAACGUUAGCAAUAACGCGAGGCCGCUUGUCAGUGCCGACAUAAUUCCGACUGAUCAGCUGUUGGCUCAACAAAAAAUGAUGCAAACUCAAAGGGAAUUGCAGAAAAGACAAGAGGAACUCGAAAAGAAAGCUGCCGAAUUAGAACGAAAGGAAACCGAGCUUAAAAGACAGCAAGGAUUUGCCAAUCGACUAAAUAAUUGGCCACCUCUCCCCAAAUUUAUACCUAUUCAACCUUGCUUCUAUCAGGAUAUCGAAGUAGAAAUACCCCUCGAAUUUCAAAAGAUCGUCAAAACCCUGUAUUAUGUUUGGCUAGGAUACGUUCUUACUAUAGUCCUAAACAUGCUAGCUAGCCUGGCUUCUUUCAUAACGGGCGGAAGUGUGACUUUGUUCGGCCUUUCCAUACUUUGGCUCAUUAUGUUUACCCCCUGCUCCUUUUUGUGUUGGUUCCGACCCGCCUAUAAGGCUUUCAGGAGCGACAGUUCAUUCAAUUUCUUCCUCUUUUUUUUCGUGUUUUUCUGUCAAUUUUGCAUCAACGUAAUACAAGCUAUAGGGAUAGACAACUUUGGAACAUGUGGUUGGGUUAAUUCUAUGGGCCAUAUGAGGCACGACAAAGCUGCAGCUACCUUCAUGUUUUUGGUCGCCUCCGGUUUUACAGCCAUAGCUACCCUAGGAUUUAUACUCCUCAUCAGGGUUCAUCGCUUAUACAGGAGUACCGGCGCUAGUUUUGCGAAAGCUCAACAGGAAUUCACUUCCGGUUUUAUUUCCAAUCCCACGGUUAGGCAAGCUGGUUGGAACAUGGCGACUUCCGCAAUGCAGCAACCUUCAGGUGGCGAUUCUAGCUACGGAACCGCCGCUAGAUAUUGAAAUACAUCAACCACUUUAUUAUUUUUUUGAAUGGAAAGACUAUUUAUCAUUCUUUUUUUUUGUGGUACGCGUGAAUAGCUUUAAAUAGAAAUACCAUCAUAAUUUUUAGUAAACAAAUUUAUUAGCCAAACUGAUUCUUUUUCCUAAUAUGUUUUUAAUUUACGGUUAUAAUCCCCCCCUAAACUUUUAUAUGAGCCAGGGGCGAUGUGUUCAUCUGAUGCCUAAAAAUUUUUGUAGAUUGAAUUAAUAUGUUAAUUAAUAUUAUUCUUUCACAAAAUUCCAGAAAUAAUUUGUAAACGAUUAUUCUUUUUUUUAUAUAUAUAUGUGGGCGAAGUUGACGAAACUUAGAUAUAUUGAUAACUACAUAAUUUAUUAAAAAUUUAUUAGGAUUAUUUCGAUUAUAUAUUUUUGAUUAAAUUUAAAUUUAUGGCAUGAUGCUUACCUAGGAUUGACGAUUAGAUCAGUAAAAAUGUAUCACGAAGCAUCGUUGAAUAGAAAUCAGCAGGUGGCACGCCAUUUCGGUUUCUUGUAUAAAUUUAUUUUAUACACCAUCUGGAACUCUGAUAUUUUUUACAGGAAAACCAAAAUGGCAUAUGACCAGCGAUUUAUAUUUAUACAUAUUUAAAUCAACGAAUCAUCAGUUUAGGUAGUAUCGUAUCAUUAACCUUAAAAUAAUUGGUGUCACAGUCGCAUGAUUUAACAUAUUUCUAUUCUAUUGUUUUUUAAAUAAAAAGGAAUUAUUUAUAGCGUCACAUGGUUUUAUGUCGUUGCCAGCUCCUUAUUAGCCCCUAAAAGAUUUAUUUUUAAAAUAUAAGCUUUUAAAGCUAACCAACCACAAGCUAAGAGCAGCUGUUGACAAUAACAACCUAAAAAUUAUUUCGCCGUAAAAUUUUCUUGAAUUUCGUUCAGUUUGUACCCGGCUUAAGAUUUGGUGUGUUAAUUAUAUAAUUUAAUCAUUCCCUGUCCCUCCCACGAUAUUUGUUUUUUAUAGUGAUAAAUAUUGUAAUAUUUUUGGUUACCUUCUUUUAAAAAAUAUAUAUUGAUUAUUAUUUAUUGUUGGACACUUUAUAUGAAUUAUUCUGUAAUAAAUAAUUAGUUUUUUUUAAGAAAAACGUUAAAUAAACCAGAUUAUUUUUUUAAAAUAACAUAUUUUAUAUUUAUUUUUGGAGCUUGUAAAUUUUAAUUUUUUCUAAAAAACAUUCUUAUUAAUUUCACGUAUAACACAUAAUAUAUUGAUUUUCUUCUCUGAACAAUAAUUUUUUUCCCCCACAUUGAUUAUAACAUCAAAAAGCUUUAUUAAAAAGACUUUGAAUUAUUUUACUUUAUU